CAACACAUUGGCGUUACACGUGUCUUACAUCAUCUAUCAUAGAAUUCAAGCUUUUUAAAUUUAGAUUUCAAUGAUUAAAUAUAAUACAUUUAUUCAAUAACUUCUUUUAGUUAUAUGUUCCUUUAAUUAUCAUUUAAAACUCAGUAACAGGUAUAUGUGUGCGUAUUGCAAUGGAUAAAACUGAUGAUCUGACUAAUAAAGUAUCCCUUGUGGAGCGCAAUAUUGAACCUCAAGGAAUCUUACUAAAUGAUCCAGAGUCUGUUGCUAAAACAUCGCAACAAGAUUUAGUGGCAUUAGCACUAGAGAUACAGAAAGCUGAUAAUUUUAUUAAAGCCAAUGCAUGUAGCAAAUUACAAGUAAUCGCAGAUCAGAUAAAGUCUUUAAAAAAGCAGGCAGAGAAUAUUCUUAUAGAAACUGACUGGAACAUGAAAUUGCAUCAUGUUGCUUGUAAUUUUGUAAAACAUCCUGGACAUGUCUAUCAUCUGUAUCAAAGAGAAACUGGCCAACUCUACUUUUCUAUGCUGAGCCCAGAAGAAUGGGGUACUUCUGCACCUUCCCAGACUUACAAGGGUUCAUAUAGAUUAGAACAAGAUCAGUCAUGGACACCUUUAAAUUUAACCGAAAAGAAGAACAAAGAAAUGGCUAUGUUAGCUAAACUUUUUUCUACUCUUCCAUCAACUGCUUCCGUCUUUAAAAGUAUCGAUUUAAACAUUAAUACGUAGAAGUAAUAUGUAGAUAGGGCAUAGUUCACUUGUUAUUAAUAAAUUUACUUGUUUCAAGUAAAUUUGCGUUUAAAGUUUAAGUUAAUAUGUUUUAUUUCAUAGAGCUACAGCAUGCAGACACGAAAAAUUUUAAAUUCGACUGAAAAUAGUGAACAUGACUUCAUAUAAUUUUCUAGUCGAAUUUGUGUAAAAUUACAUUUCUUAGUACUGAUUUGUACAGUACGGUUAUUUUUAGUAAAUGGACGUACGAGUAUAGUUUUCGAAAAUUAUGUAUAGAAUUAUAUACACAAACUAUUUUUACUAAAAGAAAUGUUUUGUAUAGUAACGAACUAUAACGCAGGAUACUACACGAAAAUAUGAGUGUGUAAUUCUAUUGCCAUAGAUAUAACUUUUUUCAAAUGAUUACUUUUUUGAUGUUAAUGAACAGGAUAAUGCAGGAAGUAUCUAUUACAGUUUAUCCUAAAAUGAUACAACAAGUUUUCUCCCUUCUUCAAUUUUUAUAACAAUGACUCAGUCAAUUCGAAUAGAUGAAAUCAUUCUGACUGCUAUUAAUAGUCAACAACUGUUAAUUACUUUCUCGUAGGCACUAAUAUCGCAAUAUAUGGUGAAUCGAGAUCUAUUUUCAACUGCGCUUGCAUCUAUGAUGCAAAAUUACGUUUACAGACUAUUUCAAGUAAAUACAUUUCUUAUACAAAGUAUAAAUGAUUGAUGAACACUCAAUUUUGUCAACAAGGAAUUGCAGAAGUUUACUCUAAGAAUGACUGAAAAGAACUCCAUGAAGCGGUACAAACUAUCACCGCGAAUCACGGUGACUUCACUUCUUUAUUGUAUAUUGUUGCUUACGUCAUGUAGUAUUUACUCUGUGCGCUGAAAUGGAACAAUUUUUUUUUAAUAUCCACGAAAUUACAGUAUUGUUAUAAAUAUAAAUAAAUAUAUUCUUACAUGGUAA